GGGGGGGUCAGUAUAUCUACCCCUUGAUUUAUUUGCACCUCCAUCAUAAAGCAGCCAGGACAGGCCUACUGCUAACACUGAAACAUGUCCCCCAAGAAAGCAAAGAAGAGGGCAGAUGGAGCCAGCUCCAAUGUGUUCUCCAUGUUUGAACAGGCCCAGAUCCAGGAGUUCAAAGAAGCUUUCACUAUCAUGGACCAAAACAGAGACGGUUUCAUCGACAAGAAUGACCUGAGAGACACCUUCGCAGCUUUAGGCCGUUUAAAUGUCAAACAAGAAGAGCUUGAUGACAUGUUGAAGGAGGCACCAGGACCGAUCAAUUUCACAGUCUUUCUUACCAUGUUUGGAGAGAAACUAAAAGGUGCUGACCCGGAGGAGACCAUCCUGAACGCGUUCAAAGUCUUUGAUCCUGAAGGAAAAGGAACGUUAAAGAAAGACUUUGUGACAGAGAUGUUGACGACCCAGGCAGACAGAUUCUCCCCUGAAGAGAUGGAACAGAUGUUUGCGGCAUUCCCACCAGAUGUAGCAGGAAACCUCGACUACAAGAAUUUGGUCUACGUCAUCACACAUGGUGAAGAGAAAGACCAAGAAUAGACUCAUAAUUCAGAUUGCCCUCUGGACAUUUAUGGGUCAUGUUUGUGCAGAGAUAUGUGUAUGAUCAAACAGACUGCAGCAGAAAUAUGAAGCUAAAAAUAACUUUAGCAAAUUUCAGCUUCAUUUUUUCAAAUUGUGUAAAUGUGUAUUAUUGUAUUAAUUAAGUUUUAAUCAAAUUAUUAUAGUAUGUAUAAAGGUAUGUCUAUGAUUACACCAUGUACAUAAUGGGUGAAAUAAAAAGUUUAUGUGACCAUGGAAAAGUUUUUAGUAUUACAUGCUACUUUAGAAAAACAUGCUGUGUUUUGCUGGAUGAAUAAAGUAAUGGAGGUCGACA